AGCAUCCUACGAUCGGGUGACAUAUCUCAGCAUCCUGCUCUUCUCGUCCAGGAGAGAAGCCAGUGCGAGUAAGUGCGUCUUUUUCUAUCCGCUACCAUGGUCAGAAUGACGAAUAUCGGGUGCCUUUUCGUCCCGUUGAUGAUGCUGGUGGGGUCCACCUUUCGGGCGGAUGCGAAGAGUGUAAAAGAGCCUGAAAAAACGGGGAAUUUCAUGGAAGAUGAGCAGUGGCUGUCCACCAUUUCACAGUACAGCCGCAAGAUCAAGCACUGGAAUCACUUCAGAGAUGAAGUAGAGGAUGAUUAUGUCCGCACCUGGGAUGAGAAUCAAGGUUCAAAUGAAAAUGUAGACACCACCAAGGACCCAUGCCAGAAGGUUAAAUGCAGCCGGCACAAGGUGUGCAUCGCCCAGGGCUACCAGAGAGCUGUGUGUGUCAACCGCAAGAAGCUGGAGCACAGGCUGAAGCAGCCAUCUCUGAGGUCUCCUGAUGGUACUUGCCAGCCCUGUCCCAUCUCCUCAUCUGGUCCUGUGUGUGGAUCAGAUGGCCACAACUAUGCCUCACAGUGCAAACUGGAGCAGCAGGCAUGUCUGACAGGGAAGGAACUGACCAUGACAUGCUCAGGCCUGUGUCCCUGUCCAACCACCUCUUCUGCCAUGGUAACAGAGAGCAAGCAUGUUGAGAGCUGUACUGGACAGGACCUGGCUGAUCUGGGGGACCGGCUGAGGGACUGGUUCCAGCUACUGCAGGGUAACGCCAAGCAGAACAACAACACCAAGGCUGGGGCCAGCACCACAACAGCGGCAGCCAGCACAUCAGUCCUGGAAAGGAGUCUGGUGGCUAGCUGUAAGGACUCCAUAGGUUGGAUGUUCUCCAAGCUGGACACAAACACUGACCUGUACCUGGACCAGGCCGAGCUGUCAGCCAUCAACCUGGACAAGUACGAGGUGUGCAUCCGGCCCUUCUUCAACUCCUGCGACUCUUACACGGACGGGAAGGUCUCCACCGCUGAGUGGUGCCUCUGCUUUUGGAGAGAGAAGCCCCCCUGUCUGUCUGAGCUUGAGAGGAUCCAAGUACAAGAGGGAGGCAAGAGAAAGUUUGGUCUGUUCAUUCCCAGCUGUGAUGAGGAUGGCUUCUACAGGAAGUUACAGUGCGACAGAGGAGAGUGCUGGUGUGUCGACCAGAAUGGCGGUGAGCUAGCGAGCUCUAGAAUCCGUGGAAAGCCUGACUGUGAUGAAGAAGUGGCCUAUUCAGGUGAUUUUGGCAGUGGCGUCGGAUGGGAGGAUGAGGAAGAGAAGGAGACAGAGGAGAACACGGAGGAGGCCGAUGAGGACGAGGGAGAGGUGGGGGAGGUGGACGACGGAGGAUAUAUUUGGUGAAGCGCCGACGGUCCCUGCUGCAGCAUAGCUACAGGAUGAUCUCUCUCCAUCUCUAUCUCAGACACAUGAACACACACACACACAUGUACGCACACACACACACACACAGGGAUCCAGGAAACCUGACUGAAGAUAUGGACAUUAAACCGCACUCAGAACAAUGCUGACUAACCAAUGGCUUGAAAGAGGAAAAAGGUGGUGGAUGCAGGAGAAGGAGAAACGGAUAGGGGAGGGGGGAGAUGAUCCGGUGCCCAUGUCAUGUUGGGGAGGGGGUUGUAUCAAUAGCUAGAACGUGGGAUAUCCAGAGGACAUUAGUCCUUACUGGUAAAUCUUUGUUAUUUUUAUUUCUGUUGUAUGUGCAGGAACUUUCUCCUUGAGCAGCUUUAAGACUGGAGACUGGAAGCCUGUCCCAGGUGCUUGUAAUGUGCUUGCGUUAGGAACCAGAGACGCUUAGGUCUCGUGUCCACAGUCCAUCGAGGCUCCCCUUUUCUUUGUUUCUCUCCUUUGUCUGUCCUGAUGAGAAAGAGAUGGGGCCUGGCGUCCACCAUGUUGGUUUCACCAGUGUGGUGAAGGAGAGAAGGCAAAGCGAGGAAAGCCCCUCUUGCACUCGUCGUUUCAUUUCAAAUGCUUUAGCUCGUGAGACAAUAGUGCUCUGUUAAAUUCAAGUAUACUAAGUAGUGUUUCU